GAGCUGCUUUAGGGAGGGCAGGAGGACAGUUGCUUCCCGCAGCUCCUAUGGACCUCUGAGCAAGGGGGGCGAUUUCCAGCCCCUCUGAGGGAGUCUGGUUCAUGGCAUGAGACUUGGCAGAUGCUUAAGUGCUUCAGGGAGCCAGAGGCAUCCACCUGGAACCACAAAACAAACCAAAAUGGGUUUGGGGAAGUGUCAAACAGGAGACAAAGGACCCGCAGAAUGGAGCCACAUGGCUGGGAAGGUUCUGGCCCAGCAGUGGGAACGUGGACAGGGGCACGGGGCUGAGCUGGGUUGCUGCCCCUCUGACCAAAACCCUCUGUGCCCCACGGUGCAGGUGCUGGUGUGAUGGCCCAGGACAUCUGCAGCUCCCCAGGGGAUGGUGACCUCCCAGCUCCAUUCCUCCAUAUGCAAACCAGUGUCACUUUGGAUGCAGCACAGGAGGGAGAACAGAUUUUGUUUCGGUGCCAAAUAGUCACGAAGUCUCCCGUCACCCGAAUUGUCUUCUGCAAGGAUGGGGUGGAGUUUCACAGCCUGAAAGCCCAACAGGAUAAGGGGAGCUACUACGUGCUCUUCACCACGACGAGGCGGAGCACGGGGACAUACACAUGUGGAUACCAGGACAAGGACAACAGCAACCCAGUGAGGAACUCUGCCCUCAGUGCUCCCCAGAACCUGAGAGUCACAGGCAGUGGGUCCAGCUCCCAGGCAGGGACAGCCACCAAUGCUUCUCUGCCCCCAGAUACCAAUCCCCUGGGCUUUCAGACCUUUUCCCAAGACAUUACGAUAGGAUUGGUGACCAUCUCUCUCUUCCUCCUGGCUGCAGCCACCUACUGUUUUGUGAGGAAAGGGGCCUGCAGAGAGAGAUGCCAAAGACAGCAGCAAGUUCCCAGCCAUGAGGCUGAAGGGACUGAUGACAAUGAAAUACACUACUCCACCAUCGCCCACGUUGGACGGAACAGGCCUCGUGUGCAAGAGCUGAACAGCAGCACAACCUAUGCCUCGGUGAGGCCCUCCCACAGCCAGCCCAGGGAGUGCUCCAGCAUGGCCAGUGCCCAGGGAGAAUGGCCCAGCCCAGCCUGUUCUCUCUGACAGAGCUCCUGAGCUGGGAAAAUGGGGCUGGGGGGUCCAGGCUGGGCUUGCUUGGGCUUUGCUGGGCUGGGCAAGGGCUGGGAGCUGGGAGCCUUGGAGCUGCUCCUCCAGCUCCUCCUCUCACCAUGUUCUCCCCUUUCCCUUCCCAACCCCACUUCCACCCCCCAUGGCUCAGGGGGUUUACAGACAUUCCCUGCAGCUCCCAGUGGCUUUGUCCCUGUCCCCAGGAACCUGCCCUGUGCCAACCCCUGGGCUCGUCUGCACCACUUCUGGUAGGGAAUUGCCAGCACUUGGCUUGGCAGGGCAACACCUCCCCACGAGCCCUGGCCAUGCCAACAUGUCCACAUCCAGCCCUUCCACCAGGCCCAGCCCUCACUCAUUAGAAGUGUGUUCUGGAUGCCUUGAACCAAAGGGAUCUCUGUGACUUGCACAAGUAUCAACAAUGUCUGAUGGAUAAAUCCAUAUCAAAUCUAUUCCCUAUAUUGCACAUGGACAUGU